AUGGACGGCCUCACAGACGAGAUCGAGUCGGUCCUCUUCAUCUGCCGCGAGGUCAUGGUCUACCAGGUGCCCCCUCGCACUUCUGCGUCUGGUUACAAGGCGGCCGAGUGGGACGUCGAGCGUUUCCUGUGGAAGGGCCGACUGCGAGUUCUUGAGGUCGGCAAUCGCUGCGACAUUCGCCUGGAGGACGAGACCACCGGUGAACUCUUUGCUCAGGCCACCUACGCUACCCCAUGGACUCAGGUCGAGCCAGUCCUCGACUCGUCGCGCUACUUUGUGCUCCGCGUUGAGGGCGACGGCGGCAAGCGCGCAUACAUUGGCAUGGGCUUCCCGGAGCGCACCGAGUCGUUCGACUUCCAGGUCGCGCUGCAGUCUGUGGCCAAGCGUGCGUCCAACCCCCAGCCUGCCGAGGACGAGGACGUUCCUGUCAAGCCCGCAGCGCCGCCCAAGGACUACUCGCUCAAGGAGGGCCAGACGUUUAGCAUCAAGCUCCCCGGCCGCGAAGGUCGCAAGACGCCCUCAAGCGACAACCCCGCACCGGCCUCCACCGGCAGCAGCGGCGGCGGCCUGUUUGCCCUCCCUCCCCCUCCGCCCCCCGGCCGCAGGCGUUAG